AUGUGGUCGGAUUUUUGUCACUGCAAAGAGCAAGCAUUAUUCACACUCGCAGCUUGUUUGUUUCUGUGGAAUGCUGACCAAACUUUCGCCGCGGUUGAAGCAAACUGCAGUCUCAUGCAACCUCCUUCGAAUUGUCCGGAAAUACCAUGCCCAAGAUGUGUAAGUCUUUCAAGCUUUUCAAGAAAGCCGUAUGUUUUCAAAGAUGGCAAUUCUACUGACGGGUUUCUUUAUGGUGAGUUCUGUUUAUGCGUUUUUUUAUUUUUUUUGUUGAUGCGGUCACAGUAACCUUUAUUAGUGGCUGUCAGAAUUAUCUGUUCCGCGAUUCGUGUGAACGGCUUUGUACAUCUUGUCAUCAAAAUAAGUGCUAAAGGGAAUUUUCCAUUCCACCCUUCCCUCUCGCUUCGUGUAUCAUUGUGGAAGUGCUUCAUGAAAGUAGGUUUACAUGGCCUAGCCAUUUUGUUUACAGUACACGUCUUUCAGUGUGACAGGGCUAGGAUUAGAUUUAGGGAAAUGUGGUUUGAAUCGAUACAGUUUUUUAAUCACUUCAUAUCAUCAACGGCCGUUACAAAGAGUUUUUCUCACACGUCAUUAUUAUGCCAACGCGUAUUACUGUAAGAGAUGACUUCGCGACUGCCUGAUUUUUUUAUCCAAUUUUUUUAAAGGAUUCUGAUCUCAAGAUAUUAAUUAUUAAUCUGUAUUUAAUGCAGUUUUAAUUUACCACUUUCUUAUUUUCAUUUCAAAGACACAAUCUCGAGUAAUAUAAAUAAUAAAAAAACAACUAUCAGUGCAAUGUAAAAACUACAAUGAACGUGGAAAUUCAACAGCUGCUUUGAUAAGUCGGUUUCGUAUUAUUCAGGGAGGCAUUUGCCAUAUCUAUCAAAUUGGCCACCUUCUGAGAAAUCAGCCCAGAAAUCAUAAAAGAAUGAGUACAAAACUACAAUAUGAAACUAGAUGGGGAAAACAAACGAAAAAAAUUCAAAAUAAAAUUUGAAAAGUCCUCGUUUCAGAUAACAGGAAUGAAAGCUGGCGAACAACAAAGGUCUCCAGAUCUACUCGACAUAUGUCUUUUUUGCUGUUAUUGUUCGGUGAGAACUUCACCUAUUUUUUCAUAAGUAGACGCAAUUAUAUAUGGACGCAAUAUCUAUUGAAGCCGUAUUUUGGAGGGCUUUCCCAAUUUUUUAAGAUAAAAAUUUCUGGCCUCCUCCCUCUCCAAUUUAAAACAGCUUCUCUUACCCUGACCCCACUAACUCAAAAAUGAUAAAGGAUUACUGCAGAUCCCAAACGACGAAUUUGGAAAUAUUUAGUUUAAAAUUUUUGGCACACACAAACUUUGCCUAAACUAAUUUGACAAAGAAAAUUGUAUUUGCACAUCAGAAUAAAAAUUAAUUUUAUUUUCGAUUCAUUUCUAAAAGUCGUGUUUCCAAAUCAUUUUCUUGCAUCUUAUCUGCACUGUCCAGUUAUCCCUUAAUGGAAAGAUUAUCCCAAAUUUCCCAUCUUUUCAGAAUAGGGGGUGAUAGUUUUAUAACUUCUUCAUAACCAUAUGAAUUUCUUUGACCUUAAACAAAGCCUAGCCUUCGCAACUCUUGGUUCGAACUUCGUUGCCUUCCUUCAGAUUUUUGUCAUCAGUUUUAAACUCUCUUUGUCCGUCAGCUCCUGUAAUGAGUGGCCUCCAAACGGGAAAAGGCCGUAGGCCUGUAGUCCUCUUCUCAUCACAACUUGAGCUGGCCAAGGCCCACGACAGAGUCAAUUUAAUUUUUCAACCCCAAUAUAAUAUCUUGUUGAUGGCCAGUUCUUCCAGCUCUCUGUCUUUUGCGUUGAGAAAUAGAAAGAAUUACUUUCUUAAGAGUUUAGAUACAAAGGUUUUUGUAAUAUUGUAAUCCUUAAAUACAGUGAGAAAAAAUACGAGGUCACGACACUUACUCUUGAUUAUCAUCAGGUAAAAUUGAAUAAAAAGACUUUGAAUAGGAAUACGGUGAACGGAACGCCUGAGGGAUCAAAGAAAUAUAUUGGAGGUGGAGGUUUCUUUGAAUUAACCAAAACAUAAUUAUUUGCAUAUAUGUAUUAGUUUAGAUUCACUUAAACAGCAAGUCUUUUAGGGUCUUUGGGGUCUCGGUAUAAGAUCCUAAAAUUCAAUCGUUCAAAUUUCAACCAUAUUUUUUCUAGCUUGCCAUUAGAACGUUGGUUCCAAAACGAUGAUCAAAGUAUAAGUAAUGAACGUCUUUGAGUGUUUCCUUCUGAACCAUAACCGCAAAGGAUCAGUUAAGAUGACAAUAGCAAUCACGUGUAACCGCUGAAGUCACGAUUGAUAGCUGUUGUGAGUAAACCAUUCAAGUUUGUUUUGCCCAUUGACAGCUCUUGGGCGAGAGGCCACAAUAGCAGCAAGCGUUGAUAUAGAUCAUACUUGCUAAAAUUUCUUUUCACAGAGGGAGGACCAAAUGUCGCUUGAGAUUGCUUAAGUAAGGAAGAGUUCUGAAUUUUAAACGCAGAGCGCGACAUUCCCUGCAUUCAUUACGAAAGCAAAGGGAGUAAACUUACCGGCGGUCAGCAUAAAUUUCUGCCGCAAGUUCUGGAUCAACGCUUUAACUACCGUUAAAGACAUAAUGUUCAGGCGCCAUGUGCUUCUAUGUCUUGCUUCUAUGACUUUUUUUCUUUUUUUCCCCGAGAGAAGUCAAACUGAAGCAAAAUGUUUAUCACAAUCAAAGGGCCAACUGUGUCGAUUUGGAGAGAAGAUCUGUCCGGCCUGUAUAAAAGUUUCAUGGUUUAUUCGACCACCUUAUACUUUACAGAAACAAAACAUCGAUGUAGGCAUAUUACCAGGUAACGUAGACCGAGAGGUGGUCUAGUUAACAAAAGUUACAAUAUUAUACUAUUAACUACUACACUUGUCAGAUUCAAGUGGGUGGGCGUGUUGCACUGUCUCGAGUAAGAUCAUGGGGAGGAGUUGACAUGGAAUGAUGGAGGCGAGACUAAAACUUGUUUAGGAAUAACUUUUGACCGAGUCAUUCAUUUUUCGGAUUAAAUUUAUUUUACAUUUCUUGCACUUUGUUCUCAAUUAGCUCUUGUAGACCUCCUGUUAAGCAAGUGUUGUGGUAACCUCACCUCAGGCUGUUGGCAAAUGAUCCACCACCCCCCGGAAACAGAUCCUGAGCAGCUGUUAAGUACAGUGAAAGACUCUCAUCUGAUAUAUCCAGUGUUAGUAGACAAGCAGGACAUGGCAAGCGAGAACCAUCACCUGAUUGGUCUCGUCCCCCCUGGUAGCAUAGCUUUUGUUGUUCCUAAAGGAGAGCGGGACAAUUAUCCAAAGAAGCUAAUGAUGGCAGUAUUUGAAGCUUGGCCGGUGUUGAUAUUAACAAUUCUACUUUCAAUUUUGGCGGGAGUUUUUCUGUGGCUUUUGGUGAGUGUUUAUCUUUUCUUUCCUUUUUCUCCCCUGUGAUUCAGGGGGCGUCAGAGAUUCUGAGAUCAGCUGACAGAAUGAAUUAAAUGGAAAAAGUUUUUCGCGCUGACAACGAGGAAGAUUGUGUUUAUUCAACUUUCGUUCGAAUGUCCAGAAUUACGUGUUUUAUACGAUUAUUGAGGGCCAAUUUUUGGAAAAAAAUUGUAAUGAUUUCGUCACCUUUGUGAGUCUACCCGGAUCAUUACUGGCCGGCAGAUCUAACUUGUUUACCGUCUGUCAGUUUUCUGUUUGCUCUUCUUUGGGAAUUGUAACAACCGUUGAGAGUAUCAUAGUUUGAAAUCUAGAAACUUUGAUUGGUCAAUUUUUCACGUUAUGAUCAGUCGAGGGAUGGCGUACUGAUGAAGACUAAAUUAUUGCGGGCUGAAACGACGAAGAACGGAUCUCAAACCGCUUUACUGCUAUCGACUUGUUUCGCAAUUCUUUCUUGCUAAUACUUUCGAUCAAAAUUUGUUGAAAAUUUAUUUUGUGAAAAAAGAUAGGUAUUGAAAUUGAGUGAGAGCUGUUACCCUGAAAUUUUUGGUAAUUUUAUGAAGAUUUGACAACUUGACUUUAUUUCCGGAGUUUUCACUUUAAUCUAGCAAUCGCGUGAACUCUCGUAUAUCUGGAUUUAGAGCCGUAAGAAGCUUAUUUGCAAAUUCUUGGCACGAUGGGAACAUUGCAAAUACAGAAUAAUUUGCAGCCUAAAAUUUUAAAAGUCGAGUAAUCGUUGUAUUGUGAAAAUAAAGAAAUUUCCUCGCAAACCGUCUUUGGACAUCAUGAAAGCUUAUGGUGAUUCAUCAGUUUUGCACCGCACAUCCUGUAUUACGCAUAAAAAUCACGUUAUCAGGGGAUAAAGCACGCGCGCAUUCCGCGAACACGAUAUUGUUUUUCAAUCCAUGAACCAGAAAAAGAGGUACAAUGGUCUUUAGCUCUUGAACGAGCACGGUGACCUAUCCUUUUUUGUAUAAUUUUAACGUACAAUUUAUUCUCUUUAAAUUGGGGAAAUAUGAAAAAAUUCUUUUAAAACUCUUUUUUUCUCUUCGUAAUAGUUCCAUGCUCUACAUCUUGAUUAAAUCACUUUUAAGGCUCUACAACACAGCUGAACCUUAGAAGCGAAUCAUAGGAGUUCUAACUCACCGGUUUCUAUUUCAGGAUACUUGGUUUAACGAGAAAGAGUUCCCUCGAACAUUCUUUAGAGGAUCUUGGGAAGGAUUUUGGUGGGCCUUCGUCUCUAUGACAACAGUGGGGUACAUGUACCAAUUAGCAUUUAUUUAACUAUAGAUACACAAUUGGUCUUUAAUCCCGUUAAUACCGUUAUGUAGAUAAUGUGCUUUCGACCUCUAGCAUUAAUUUUAAAGACAGCGCCAACCUUCUAUUUAUCGAUGAGGUGCAGGACCAUCCAUAUAUGAAUGAUAUCGCUAGCAAUUCAUGAGUUCAUAGUAGCAAUAACCAAAAGCUUAAUCAGUUGCUUUUUCCAUGAGAAUCGUAAAAAGAAUCUUAGAUUAUCCCCUCGCCCCAUCGAUUGAAAUUCUGACCCUUGAAAGAGAUUUAUUAGAAUAUUGUUCACUCCACACGCAGAUACGGUGACCGUUCCCCUCGAUCUAUCCUUGGCCGAACCUUUGCAGUUGUUUGGAUUUUAGUUGGAGUAUGUAUUUGUUCAAUAUUCACCGCUACUUUAACAACCUCGCUAACUGCCAUCAGUCUGGAUACCAAGAAGAGCCUGCCUGGCUCAAAGGUACGAGUGUAUUGCAGUUGCUGACUGGCAGUAGCACAUGCAGUAGCAAUAGUACUAGCAAUAACAGUAGUAUUAGCAGUGGGAUUAGUUGUAGCACUAGUGCCAGAAAUAUUAGCAGUUAUAGUAGCACUAGCAGUAGCAUUAGUAGUAGCACCAGCACGAGAAGUAUCAGCAGUAGCAGUAGGAGUGGCAGUAGUGGUAGUAGCAGCAGAUGCAACAAUAGUAACAAUAGGAGUAGAAGCGAUAGCAGCCUUAGUAGAAAAUUAGUUGACAAUAAUCUACUAUAUCGUCAGUAGAUUAUUAAUAGACAAUAAUCUACCAGACAGAAGCAAUUGCAUUUACAGUUGCAAUCGCAAUAGAAGGAGCAGCAACAGUAACAGUAGUGGCAACACCGGUAGUAGCAGUAACAGUGGCAGUAUUACUGCUAGUAACAGGAGCAAUAGUAGUUGCAGUAUUGAUAGCGGUAAGAGCAACAGUUGCCGAAGCACUAGCAAAGCACUAACAGAACUAAAUAUAGUUGUCGUUGUCGAUGUUUUCGUUAAUUAGGAUAAAGUGAUACAAAAAACAUCAUCAUUGAACCCGCAACAAACGAAUAAUUCUUACAACAUUGAAAAACUUGGCCGAGGCACUUGUACUUGAAAAAGUACAGGGUUAGAAAUUUUUGAAACGAUUCAUUGGCAGAAGGCAGAUUAUCCUGCACCCCAAUUCCUUUGACUGAGUUCAAUUGCUAUUCUUCAGGUCGGCGUUCUCAAACGCUCGAUAGAAAUGGCAUUGGGAAUGCAACAUCAAGCCGACUUAAAGUGUAAGUUAUGUCUAGUUUUAUUCUGGCUUCAUAUUACUAUAGAAUGACAGUAACGACACCUGCUGGCAAAGAUGACAAGGAAAGUUAAUGCUGAGCGGCUGACUUUAUGUAUCUUUAGAAACAGUCCCGAGCUUAGUCGGCUAGCACCUCCGCCUAUUUAUCUGCCGACUUACCUUCUGUUGGGCUAAUAUUCUUUCCUCGCCAAAUGCCUUUUUUGUAGUAUUCAAUUCAGUUGAGGACAUGAGGGACGCUUUGGACCAAGGGGAAAUUGAAGGUAAGGUUGUGGCCCCUUUAAAAAAAGGAAUUUUUGAUCAAGUUUGUCAGUUUUCGAUCAAGUUAGCUUAUUUUUCUAGUAGAAAACGAGUUUUUGUCCUUGCGAAAUCUACCUAACUUCAAGUUAACCUCAAAGGAAGUAAACUUGACCAAAUAACUUAGCUAAUUUUGCUUACGCAUGCUGAAACUAGUCCCUAAACGUCACAUCAUUAUAUCAGAUUUCUGAGUCUAUUUUUGGGGAUUUUUCAGGUGUACUCUUGGAUAAUUACCAAAUUAGUCAUUAUACCGAGACCCUUUUUCCGAGAAGUAAGUUCAAAAUAGAUGAAGUCCUUAAAGAGGAGACGCUUUCCUAUGGUGCUAUGGUGAAUGAUAGCUUUUUAGCACAAUGUUUCAGCAAAUUGAUCGCUGAAGACAAGUACCUGAUCUACGACUUUACCAAGAAAGAGCUUAAUAAAACACUGAAGGUAAUUUUGCAAUAUUUAAGGAGGCUCCAUAGAGUUUUUGCUUAAUGAUGGCGCGCGCGCCAGCGUAAUGUUUUUCCAGAAAAUUUUUAUGUUUUCGCUUUUCAAGCUCACUAAGAGUCAUCAAAAGGCAAUGAGCAAAGUUCGGACUAGCGUUUGCUCUAGCAAAUAUUAUCAAAAUAAUAUUCGUUAUCAAGCUAAGGCUCCACUAAGGGAGGCGCUCUCCAGCGAUUAUUUGGCUUUGCCUUUAAUUUUCUUUAAUUUGCUACGGUAAAAUCUCUCAAAAUCUUCAUAAUUUAUAAAAAUUUUCCUGCCGUUCAUUUAAAAGCCGGAAAGAAAAGUAGGGGUUUCCAAGGUAGUUUCCUUGCUAUUUGCAAUUUUUUAGUUUUCUUCCUUUAUCUCCAAUUUGGCCUCAUGAAUUUUUUUAUCAACCGGCACUAGGUAGGGCACAAAUACGUUUAACGGUCCAGCAAAUCUUAGGAAAUUCCACCGAAGGAAACGUAAUAAAUCUUACUCGAAAGAUCCCUGUUUUCUUUGUCACAAAACAUUACGUAAUGGAAUUGAACUUUGCCAAGAUCGGUAUUAGAGCAUGCGUGGACUUUCGAAUCUGUCGCCUUUUGGCAAUCUUUCCCACGGUGUUUUCUUUUCGGUUGACCUCUCUUUCAGGCCUAGAAGGCCAAUGAAUAUUACGGGUGCAAUUGCUAGAUACCCAAGAUUCCAUCACAUAAAAACUGUAUUGUGUUAAACUGUUUUGACACACCUUUUCAGAUAACAAUCGUGAGAUAGUGUCGAGCCGCCAUAUUUGUUUGCAUGUUGACACUUGUAAAGCUCGCGCUAUGUUUGCACCCAGAUCUCGCGCGGUCAAAAAACCUUGUAGAGCCUCCUUGACAAUCAUCUGCGUUAGGCUCAGUAUAUAUUGGUGAAUAAUCCCCGAGACUUGGUCUCGGGAAUUAAUCAACAAUAUUAACUGAGCCUGAGGUGAAAAAUUGUUAUAGUAUAAUUGUUCGGGUGAUUUCGAAAUCUGUCGUAAAUUCGUUUUAAUGUUGAAACCAUUUAGCAACAAUUGUCUUGACUAUUCGGAACGAGAUAGUCGGCCAAUUUCGUGUGGAAUUUUAAAAGGUUUAUUUAAUUCAACCAGGAAAAACUUCUUUCUAUCUUAUCUUCUAUUUUUAUUUUGAAAAGUGUUUUGCCAAACUCGGUAGCAUCUUUAGUGCAAUCUCUGCACAAUUGAUUUUUCUCCAUUACGUUUAUUACUUCCUCUGCAACAUUGACAAAACGCGGGGCAGCCAUUUGAAAAUUUAGCGCCCCUGUUAAAAUCACCUUGCACGAGGUGAUUAUAACGAGCCACUCUUACCCAAAGGAUAUUUAACACCACUAAAGAUCGACAACAACUUGCCUGAGAGAAACAAGCUUCCACUGUUUCUUAUGUUGACCAAACACCUCAAGUCGACAAAAACAAAUGGGUAAUUGACUUAUCUUCGCGCCCCCUCAGCGAUAUUGAGGUAUCGUUCCCAAAGAAAGGGUUGAAUUUGGCAGUAAUUCCAUUUAACAUCCCAGCCAGCGAAAUAGUCGCCAAAGUCGAGUCGGCAAUGAGAGCGCUUGACUCAGAGCAAACAUACACUGUCGAGAAACGAACUGUAAACGGUAUCCUUCAACAAGCCAAACCACCCAAGACUAACAUCACGAAUAAUAUGCAAGAAGCCCUUAGGAAUCUAAAGUAAGACGACACUAUCACUAUUCUGUCAGCGGACAAAGGCCGCGCUAGUGUAGUCUUAGACACAAACACCUACUGUGACAAAAUGAAAACCUUGAUUGAAACGGGUCCGUACCGACUCCUUAAUAAAGACCCAACAGACCGGCUAAGCCGUAACCUCACUCACAAGCUUCUCUGCUUGAAACAAAGUGGACAUCUAUCAGAAACCAUCUACAACAAGAUCAAACCCAGGCACAAACAGCCACCUAGAAUCGUUAUCUACAAACGUAACGAUCGAGGGCGCAGUUCAAGCCGCAUUACGAAAACUAGACAUCGAUCGAAAACAUCGAUCUUGCUAACCGCACAAACUUAUCAUCUACACAAAUUGCCGACCUCUUGAAUUUCGUCUUAAGAUCGACAUAUUUCCAAUACAACGGGUCGAUUUAUAAACAGCAAGACGGAGCAGCUAUGGGAAGCCCUGUUUCCGCAGUUAUAGCAAACAUCUGCAUGGAGAAUUUGAGGAACAAGCGAUGGCAAAUGCGACUUGCAAACCUAAGAUCCGGGAACGAUAUGUUGAUGACACUUUCACAGUCUUAGACCGGGACCAUGUCAAUGGCCUUUUUUAACAUCUCAACAGUCAACCGCCUACUAUUCGUUUUACCAUGGAAUUCGAGAAAGAUAACACUAUUCCUUCUCUCGACACAACAGUUACAAGGGACUCAGACGAUCCUCUCACUGACUACAGAAAGCCCACCCACAUUGACCAGUACCUAGCCUAUGAUUCACACCAUCAUCAGUCGGUGAAACGUGGUAUUGUUAAGUGUCUAUACGACCGAGCCAAACACUUCACAACGAAACCGUCAGUUAUCUCAGAGGAAAAGAAACACUUGUCAUCAGUACUCGUUUCUAGUGGUUAUCCUUCUUCAUUUGUAAGAAAACUCACAAAAACAACAUGGGUGACAGCCAACAAAGAAACUGCAUAAGAAUUUAAAUCUACUGCCGUUCUCCCUCACAUAAAGGGUGUAUCAGGGUGUAUCGCCGCUGCCUACAACAUCAAGACAUACGGACCGUUUUCAAGUCGGACACAACACUUAGGUCUCACUUGGUACGACCUAAAGACGCCCUGGAACCAUCAAAACAAGACGGUGUUGUUUGCAAGAUCCCAUGUGAAUGCGGCAAGGUGUAUAUCGAUGAAACUGGGAGAUCAAUGCGAGAAAGGAUAAAGAACAAGACAGAGACAUACGGUUUGCUCGUACUCAGACCUCUGCGGUUUCGGAGCACGCUAAAGAAACGGGGCAUAUUCCUAUUUGGAGCAAAGUUAAGUUUGUUGAUCGUGGCCCCCACUGGUACACACGUAGAGUCAAAGAGGCUAUCCAUCAUCCCAACAACAUCAAUAGGGAUAGCGGAAUCGAAAUUCCCGAAGCUUGGAUACGAUACCCGCGAUCAAACAACACAAAAGCCGAUUUAUGGGGACCUAUGAGGGAACACCAUCUAACAAUCGGAAUGAUAAUGAGGAUCGAAAUGCACUAAUAGCAGAGUACCAACAUGCUACAAAUAGUGACACGUAAACAAUCGACCUCGUCGCCAGAUGAAGACUAGCAGUAUUGCGGUCGAAACGUCGCGAUCAACAUCAACAGUUUAUAGACCUCCAUCGAUUUCGAAACAUCAAAGGACUAGAGAGCUUUCAUCUAUUUUCGAAGAGGUCUCUACACUUACAGAGACUGUUUUGGAGAUUUCAACGCCGAUCUGUUGAAUCAAUACAAGCCUCCCAAGGACGGUAGAAAUCUUUUAGACCUGAUGGAAAUCUUUGGUUGAUUGAUUGAUUACAAAAGCUACUCGAAAGACGAAAACAUCAGAGACACUUCUCGAUUUAAUUUUGACCGGUAAUAAGAAAAAGACAUUGGUAUCUGAUGUAGUGGAUACGCAGAUAAGUGAUCAUUCACUAGUCUUUGCAAUUCUACGGUCAAGAGCUCCAAGAUCGCGCUCUCGUAAAAUUUGUGUACGAUGUUUUAAAAACUUCAACAGAGAUAAAUUCAUUCAAGAUCUACAAAUGGCACCUUUCUCAAUAGUUGACGUGUUUGACGAAGUGGAUGACAAACUCUACGCCUUUGAACAAUUGUACAACGAAAUUCUGAAUGAACACGCCCCUCUUAAGCAGACUAUUGUUAGGGGCAACCAGGUACCAUAUAGGACGGAACAAUGGCGCAAGGCAAUAAGGCACGGAAACAAAUUAUGACGGCUAUUUGUUAGAGAUCGGACGGACGCAAAUUAUGACCAUUACAAAAUUCAACGCAAUAUAUGCAUUUCUCUAAGAAGAAAGGCAAUAAAAGAGCAUUUUGUGAAAAAGUCGUCCGAGCCAGAAAUCCAAGGGAAUUUUGGAAUGCGUAUCGACCCUUUCUUCAUGGCAAAACAAAGCAGGUAAAUGACAUCAUUAUCAAGGAAAACAAUGUUGUUAUAAGUGACAAAAGGGAAAUCGCUGAACUAUUCAAUGCGCACUUUAUUCAAAUUGCUGACGAUGUUCCGUUGAUGAAAGAAACAGGUUAUGGUUAACACUUUGAAAACCACCCAAGCAUUAUAGCUAUUCAUGAGAAGAACAGCGCAACAGAAGCACCACUUUGUUUUAAUUUUGAAUACAUCAAUAAAGCGCAAGUAGAAAGAGCGCUUUUGGACGUGAAUGUCCGUAAAUCGUACGACCACGAUAUGCUGUCUGUAAGGCUUGUGAAGGAAUCGACAUCUGUCAUAGCUAAACCUAUCACUAAUAUUUUGAACACCUCCGUUGUGCAAGGUUGCUACCCCAACGCCUGGAAAAUGGGACAGGUCACACCUCUGUUUAAAAAAGAUGACGAAUCUAAUAAAGCAAAUUACAGGCCCGUCACAGUGUUACCUGUGCUUAAUAAUAUCUACGAGAGACUACUGGCGGCGCAGUUGGGUAAAUUCUAUAGCGCUAUUCUGUCGGACUUUAUUAGUUCAUAUGGGAAGUUCUCCAGUUGUGAAACUGCAUUAUUGCGGCUGACAGAGGACUGGAGGCGCAUGCGUGAUAAAGGGGAACUGAUUGCGAUUGUUUCUAUGGACCUUUCUAAAGCUUUUGAAGUCAUUCAGCAUGACUUACUCUUGGCAAAACUCAAAGCAUAUGAAGUAAGCGAAGGAAGUUGCGCGCUACUCACUCUAAUGACUACUUGUCAGGAAGACAGCAACAAGUAAAGAUUGGAGAUACCUUCUCCAACUGGGCGGGCACCAGAAGAGGCGGACCGCGAGGGAGCGUUUUAGGACCAAUGAUUUUUAAUAUAUUUAUUAAUGACUUGUUUCAGCAUGUGAAAUAUGCAAAACUAAACGCAUACGCAGACGGCCAUCAGAUUUAUUCGUCUAACCUGGACCCACUCGCACUGGAAGAGUGCAGUUGUCAAGAAGUUAAUGUCGCAAAUCAGUGGUAUAAAAACAAUGGCAUGAUUGUUAACGUGAAAAAGCACCAAAUUCUAAUCCUGGGAAAAACUUAGCACAAUUUUUGUUUCCCAGUAAAUAACUCGAUAGAUAUAUUUGGGAUGACAAUAGAUAAUAGGCUCUCUUUUAAUAAUCACGUAUCAGUUAUCCGUAAGAAAAUAAAAAAAUCAAUUUAACGUAGUGCUUAGAUUUCGGAAACUUAUUAAUAAGGAGACGCUAUUGAAGCUUUAUAAAGCCCUUAUUUUGCCGCAUUUUUACUACUGUUCUUCUGUUUGGUAUUUCUGUGGUGUGUGCAAUGCCGACAAAGUAGAUAACCUAAAUAAGCGCCUUCUUAGGUUUAUACUACAGGACUACAGCUAUCCAUAUGACAUUUUAAGCAAAGUUAACUUAAAAUCUCUAUUAAUUAGACAACUCCAGAACUUCAUGAUCACGUUAUACAACAGUCUGUUCUUUAAAAAUUUUUCAGGUUAUUUAAAAGAUAUGUUCACCGUACGGUCUUCAUCACACAAUUUGCGCGGAAAUCAUAUUACGUCUCUUCCCAACCCAAAAACAACGACUUACGGUCUGCACUCUUUUUCAUAUUUAGCUAGCAAAUUAUGGAACUCCCUCCCAGACACUUACAAAACAUUAUAUUUUCUAGAAUUCAAGCAGGAGAUCCUCAGAUGUGAAGCUUUUCCACAGUAGAUCUAUAAGUUCUAUUUCCCUCUGCAUGCGUAAUGUUGUGUAUAGUUUAUAAAUAAUAUGGGAAUUGUAAUAUAGCAAUUUUUUAGUUUCUUGUCAUUUAAGAAGUGACGUGUUACCAAUUGCAUCUCUACUUGAAGCACCCAUAGCCACAACCUGCUCCUCUUGGCCUCUAAACGUUUCAUAUGCGUACCAGAUGACAGAGUUCCGUAAAAACGCUUCAAUUUUCCUACCAGUCAUCUUUUCAUGUUAAUUAAGCGUCGUUUGAUGCAAAUGGAAGUUUAUUCAGUUUAACAGAGACACUCUUCUAAAAAUGAUUAUCAUUAUCGUGAAGUAAGCGUUUUCAUUCUUAUGUAAUUAAACAAAAAGAGAGUGUUUUUCUUGUUUUGUUUUAUUGCUGUUUGUAGGGAGGAGGAAACGAGGCGGUGCAGAACUCUCAGAGUAUUUUUGAUCCCACCGGUGAUUUGUUUUUCCCUUCGUUGUACUCCUGCCUCGUUUUGAUAGCCGUUAUUUUCUUCAUUGGCUUGGCAGCUGAGGUGUUGUUCUUUAAAGCAUGCCGAUGUCCAAAGAAGAGACGCAAAAAGAGUAAGUCUUUUAAUUGCCUUCUUCCUUUUAAACAUGCUCAUGGGAAAUGUAUCUUCAGGGACGGGGUCAGCUAUGAUUAUUUAAUUUGGCGUGGAUCACUUUACUGUAUUAUUUGAGUAUAUUUCUGUAACAAUCUUGGGACACAAAAGCACCUUUUCCUUGCCAAAAAGGGGAAAAAAAGAAUCGGCCCGCCUUGUGGUCAUAAGCGUUAAAAGGUCUUCAUAUUCCCGUAAGUGAUCAACCCACUUUUUAAUUUGAUUUGCUGUUUUAGAUGAAGAGUUCACAGGGGCAAUAGCUGUGAAUGAAUUUAAUGGUGGGCUGCCAGCUCUUGAUCAAAUGGAGAUUGAAAUGAUGAGUGAUAUACAAGCUUUGUUUGCCAAGUACCGCGAAAGGCUUCAGGAGUGGGAAAAAGCUGAAAAUAACGGAAACGCCUCUACAUCUGACGCAUAA